AUGGACCCAUUUAACUGGUCUUACCACUCCAUUGCUGCCGCCUACGUGCUUGGCCUAGCACCUCACUUAUACUUCUAUCUCAAGGCCAUGAAAACGGGCAAAUACUCUAACCUAGUGCCAAGAAAUACCCUCGAUGCUCUCCGUGGAGUUAUUCCUGCAAACCAAUGGGACAGGCUCUUCCGGAUCAGAAGCAUCCACCUCAAUGCCAUGGAGAGUAUUCCGAUCUACGCCGCUACCAUAAUUGCGGGCAAUAUUGCCAAGCUUCCGAUAAGUGAGCUCAACUUCCUUGCCGCUGAAUAUCUUGGCUGCCGUGUCUUGUUCGCCGCAUUAUACAUGGGUACCAGCUCAGAAAUUAUGAGCUAUGCACGAACUGGUGUCUGGUUCUGGAGUCUCGGACGCCUCCUACAGACCCUAAUUAAAGCUGGGAAUGCCGUUUCUGGUGGCCUCUAA